GGGAGCGGAGAAGGGAAGGGAGGGCGGAGGAGGCGGUUCCCGUUCCCAUUCCCGCCGUGCGAGCGCGGCCGGCUCGGUGCGUGCGGGGCUGGCGGCGGCGGGGUGGCCAUGGCCUCCAUGGCGGCGGCGAUCGCCGCCUCCCGCACGGCGGUGAUGAACGGCAACCGGCCGCUGGACGAGCGGGAGCGCAAGCGGUUCAGCUACUUCUCCUCGCUGAGCCCCAUGGCCCGCAAAAUCAUGGCGGAGAAGGAACGGAUCCGCGAACGCUACGGGCCCGAGUGGGAGCGGCUGCCGCCCCGCCAGCAGGACGAGAUCAUCGACAAGUGCCUGGUGGAGCCGCACGUCCAGGCCCGCUACGCCGCGCACCGCGGUGCCGCCCGCCCCGCCGCGCCGCCCGCCUCCUACCCCAGCCUCCGCCUCAACACGGGCCAGAAGGUGGUGCGCUUCGGCGACGAGGACAUAACUUGGCAAGAUGAACACUCAGCUCCGUUCUCCUGGGAAACGAAGAGUCAAAUGGAGUUCAGCGUUGCAUCUCUGUCCAUACAAGAGCAAGGUGGUGCCCAGUUGCAAAAUGAACAGAGGCAGCCUGUUAAAGCAGCACCUGGUGUCCAAGUCCCUAAAUCUUCUCAGGCCAGUAAGACCCCUGGCUCUGAUGGGUUGAUAGCAUCCAGAAAGGAAGAAGAGUCCUCUUUCUGGAAGAUAAAUGCAGAGCGCUCAAAGUUUGAAGGAGACAAGUCUGAGUUCCAGUCCCUGACCCCCAGCCAGAUCAAGUCCAUGGAGAAAGGAGAGAAAGCCCUUCCCUCUUUUUACAGACAAGAGUCUACUCCAAAGGAGGUGGCAAAAGCCGAGAAGCCCAGUGUAACUAAACCAGAGAAGUCUGUCACUCCCAGCCUACCUUCUGUAUCUCUUGAAUGGGAGAAACCUCGACCCACUCAACUCCCUGUUAGUUCUCUAGAUGACUUCUUUCUUCCUGACCCACCACAGGACCUGGCAUCUUCUAGGACAAACAAGGAAGAUACUGAUGGUACUAUACUUACAGAUCCACAAAUGCCUGGACAGACUAGUACAAGCAAUGUUAUCUUGAAGACUGGCUUUGAUUUUCUAGACAACUGGUAAAAGAUACUUCAAAAUAGAUCAAACCAAUUUUGGGGAAGGAGUGGAAUAUCUUUCUCCUUGUAUGUUAAUUUACUAGCAUUUGUGUCUUUUUCUAGAAAUAACUUUCAAACUCUUAAAUGUUGCCUUUGUAUAAACUUUUGUAAUACCAUAUGCGUUUUUGGUUUUUAAACAGUGAUAGAAGUGUGGUUUCAUUUGGAUAUUUUUUUAAUAUCUGUUAAAAUUUUUAGUAGCUACUGUAUUGAGAGGAUGGGAGAAGUUACCAUACACAUGUUAAAGAAAAAGAAAUCAGAGUCUCCAUAUCCUGGAAAUGGAACCUACAGGACCAGAUUGCUGUUUUCAAUCAAAACCUUGCUAGCAUGGCUUGUAAGAAAUAGCAUUGCACAUGCAAUGGUUCCAAAUGAGCAAAUAAUUCCAUACUUCAGAUAACUAGCAAAAACAGUAUGAAAAAUAAGCAUACAGAAGAACUGCAUUGAUUUCUAUAUUUCAUUUAGUUUGAAAGUAACUUUUUUACCACUUAUUUGAAAACACUUUUCUUUUGAAGAGGGCAAAGGCAUUGCCAAAAUGAUGGAUCCAAAGAAGCACUGUGUGUGUACCCUACAAAUCAGCUAAAAUAACAUAAGAGUGUUAGAAAAAUGACCCGGGGAAAUGACAGGUGUUUCUGAUCUUUGGAUUAAAGACUUGGGGGUGGGUGGAGGGGAAUGGGACACCACCUAAUAAACGGGAGAAACUGUCUUCAGGGAACACAAGCUUGAUGAUUUAUUUCACUGCCUCCUUACUAGAGCAUAACUCUUCAUAAUAGUAGUGCUGGAAGUACAGCACUGGGAAUUGCUGGAGUGUAGAUUACCUUUGUGUCAGGAAACCACUAUGUUUAUGGGAGGUCAUAGCAGUAUAAGGCUUCUUUGUUGUUUAAGCAGCUUAUCGUCUCAAGGACUCAUCAACUUUGGUGCUUUUUCCUCCUUGUGGGUACAUUCUCUUCAGCAUUCAACAUCUGGGUUACAGUUGUUCCCGAGGUGCAGAGAGGCAUCUCAAGGUGGCCCUCAGCAGACUUGCCUCCAGUUCUGCUUUCGAAUUACCUUUGUUUGGUGUUUAAAAUGUAGAGAACAAGACUAGCUGUCAUUUGAAUCUGUCGUCUCUGAAAUGCAGCAUGAUUUACACACUGACUCUCACUGUGUUUACCUCACCUUGAAGCCUUAAUUCCCCCUACGCACAGCCAGUGACUGGUCUGCUCCAAUGCCAAAGGUUUGACCUUUCCCUUUACCUCAGCAAUAGUCCCAUAGCAUUUGUUUGGGGUAGAAGGCAAAACGCAGGGCUCUAAUGGGUCUAAUGGGUCCCAGCCAAGGCUAUAAGAAGGUCACCAUCUCCUAGACCAUAAUUGUGCUAGGCUUCUCAUGGAUUAGCACUUGACAUUUGGCUCAGGGCCAGGGGCAGUUAAAUGUGCAGAAUUGGAUGCUUCAGGAUUUUCUUCUGCCUGUUACAGGAAGAGUUUGAGAUGUCCUGGAAGAAUCCUUGCCUCUAAUUGGUGUGCUGCUUGCUCUGAACAAGCAGAGGAUGCUGAUGGAGCAUUAAAACUUACUUGCUGAUCAAGGAAAAUGCUUUAAGCUACACCACCCCCCACCCCACCCCCCCAAAAAUAGAGCCACCAAGCCCCAAACCUCCAGUUUUUCUAGUGUUUUCUUAUAAGGUUUCUUAGCUAAAGGGGAAGAUUGCCACAGAGCGUAAGGCAUUGCGUAGCCUUAUUUAUAGACUUCUGAAAGCUUCUUUACAUGCUUCCUGAGAGGUACAAACUCCUGUAAUUCGUGGAUAUUAUCUCUGCAUUCAGCAGUUCAGAAAACACUUGUUGUUUCUACCAGCAUGGACUUUACUGCUGGUUUUUUCUUAGCUGACCCUUUUUAGCAUUUGCUACAAGCAUCCAGCAUUAAUAUAGCUUAGAACAACUUUAGCACAAAUUCUUUAGGUGUAUAGUUAGUAUUGACUUACACCUUCUUUUCAAAGCUGACAAAUGUUAACCCUGGGGUUUAUGGUUACCAGUGAAUCUAAUUUUCUGUACAUUCAGCUGCUGAAAAGUUAUAAAUCCAACGUGAAGAUGUGCAUUCUAAUGUUACUUUGAUAUGGGGAGAUCUGAAAGCCAAGUCUCCUGCUGUUGAGGAGUGUAAUUUUAAACCUCUAAAUACCUUAAAGCUUCUUAGGGAAGAACCUGGGCUGCCUAUCUCUUCCAUCGGCUAACUUGACCCUAAUACACAUUGGGACCAGCUGGUAGAACAUGCUGCAGAACUUUUUACUUAUCCUGGUAGGUUUUUCCUGUGCUUUGACAAGAGUUGAUGCUCCUUCUUUUCUUUAAUAUGUUUUUAUUAAACAUUCUUACAAAAAAAUUGUACUUGGUCACAUUUUAUAUUAACAAUGUUUUAAUAAAGUCACUUUAAAUAGAA